UUCAGAGAGUCAACAUGGAGGUCAGUGCUCUUAACAUCAGGCUGUGUGAGUAUGAUUCUUUAUCUGUUUCAUAGAUAUUUCCGUACCUGUUUUGAUGAGAUCUAACGUACAACUCUUCUUCUUUCCAGUGAUCUGUGUCUUAUUCCUGUUGGGUGCACAUGUUCAAGAUGUGGAUUCACUGAUUCUCUGUCUUGAACCAAACAGACUGCAGUUCUUUGAAUACGAGUCUCUGAUCUUCCAUUGUGAGGGCUCUCAUGACUCGACUGGAUUGAAAAUUGUACAUCGGUCCAAAGGGGAAUUACUCAAAUGUCAAACUACAGUGACAUCAAAAAGGUCAUCCUGCACUAUUCCUACUAUUUUUCCAGAGGACAGUGGGCAGUACUGGUGUGAGUCCAGAGAUGGGAAGAGAAGCGACAUCAUCCAUAUCACUGUUACUGAUGGUCCUGUGAUCCUGGAGAGUCCGAUCAGUGUGGUGGAGGGAGAGGCUGUGACUCUGCGCUGUCGACACAAGACGACCUCAUCCAACCUCUCAGCUGAUUUCUACAAAGAUGGCCGCUUUAUCAGAAAAAGCUCUACAGGAAACCUGAACAUCUCCGGUGUUUCCAAACGUGAUGAAGGAUUCUACAAGUGUAGCAUCUCUGGAGGAAGAGAAUCAGCCGAGAGUCUGAUGGCUGUCCAAGAAAACCAGGGAGAGAAUGCCUCAUCCUGUUCUACCCCAUGGAUAGUUAUGACUGUUUCAUUGAUUCUGUUGUUGCUGGUUGGACUUCUUCAUUUCGGCAAAUAUAUUCGGAACAAAGUGAUGCUGUACUUGUCCACACUGGCACCUCAAUCAGGUCCAGCUGAGGUUCAAACAGUCACUGUUGAGGCCCGUCGAGUGGCAGCAGAUGCACCAUGUGACCAAGCGAUGUAUGCUGCGAUUACAAAAGACAGGACAAAGAGAGAGCCAGGAGUAUCCAGAAUCAUGACGGCGACAGUUCACUCAGCUGGUACCAACCGACCUUUGACACAGGAACCCCUCUAUUCUUUGAUCCAGUCGCAGCGUGACGGCUGACUGAAGGACGAGCAGCACAUGAGAUGUUUGGUUGAACCUGAUGUGUGAAAAAACACUUUUUAUUUUAUUUUGCAUUGUAGAAAUGGUUUUCAUGCUUUGCGCCCUCCAUGUGUUGAUGUUUAAAGAUAUAUUAAAGAGAUGCGGUUUGUAUUUUCAGAUGUAUUACCUGUUAUUAUAUAGUGACAGUUAAACCCACAUGUUCCAUCUGCUGUGUGUAUUUAUGUGAGUGUGAAACUGUGGUCAACCACCACCUUGAUGCUGCAGCUUCACUUUCAUCUGAAGCACGCUGAUCGAGUCCAAAUAAAGAAAUGAGUCUGACACUUUAA